AUGGGGAGGAGUAAAGAUGCAGAUACUCUGACUUCUGUAACAAGUGAAUAUACCAAAUCAGACAAGUUGGCUCUGGUCCCAGCAACCAAGUAUCGCAAAGCUACUCAAGAGGUGAAGAAUCACAAGAUAGCCAAAGAUGGAGUUGAUGUUGAUGAAUGGGCCAAGUCUGUACCGGAUGAUGGGUCUGCAGUCAGUACUCUGAAGGAUUCUCCUGCCUUAGAUGAUGCUAUUGAUUUCAUUGAAAGUCAUCACUGUGUCAUGGCAACAAAUGGUCUGUACAAACUACAUCCUGGACAAGCUUCUGAUCUUGAUUGGUUGGAAUGUAACAUGGCUGGUCUAUUUGAUUUAGACCCUGCCCAUGUGCCACAACUUAGACCACCAGAUUUUGAAGCUUACAAGUCAGGCAGGCAACCAUCUGUUCUGCUUGUUCCUGAAACGCCUAUCAACUUUGUCAUUGAGUCUACUCCAAAGCAAGACAAACUCAUUGACUUGACUUGCAAGUUGUCAUCCUCUGAAGGUCAUGUUCAAGGUGCUAAGAUCGUUGAGCUCAACUACAAGCACAAUUGCAACAGGGACAUUCAGCCUGCAUGUAUUGAACUAUGCCUGAACAUUGACAAAGGUGAAUAUGAACGUGUCAUAGCUUACCAAAACAUCCACAAGUGGUCAGAAAUUGACAAGGACAACCCCAUUGUUUGA